CUCUUGCGGGCUCAACCCGAUAUUUUGCCCAUCAUCAGUGGAUUGAUCCCCACCAAAGAAAUCAUCACCCAACCCUCUAUGUUGUACAUUGCCAUUGGCAUUUUGGGGGCCACCGUAAUGCCGCAUAAUUUGUACUUGCAUAGCAGCAUUGUUCAAACCCGAAACUACCCACGCACCCACGAGGGCAAAACCAUGGCCAUUAAGUUUGCCACCAUCGAUAGCUCGUUAUCGUUGUUGUUUGCUUUAUUUAUAAACGCCUCCAUUCUAAUUUUGGCGGCGGCCACUUUUCACCGUUCGGGUCAUCACGAAGUGGCCGAUAUUUUUGAUGCGCAUAAACUACUGGCCCCGAUAUUGGGCACCACCUUGGCCAGCACUUUGUUUGCGGUGGCCUUGUUGGCAUCGGGUCAAAGCUCUACCAUUACGGGCACUUUGGCGGGACAAAUCGUCAUGGAGGGGUUUUUAAACAUCCGAUUAAAACCAUGGCUUAGACGACUCAUCACCCGAUUGAUUGCCAUUAUACCCGCUUUAAUAGUGAGCAUUAUGUUUGGAGCGGAUGGAACCUCUAAACUGCUGGUAUUAAGCCAAGUGAUUUUAUCGAUGCAGUUGAGUUUUGCGGUGGUUCCGUUGGUUAUGUUUACCAACAGCCAACUCAAAAUGCAAUCGUUUGCCAAUAAACCUUGGCUAAAAUAUACGGUGGCUGUUAUUUCGGCCAUUAUUAUUGGGCUAAAUGUGCAUCUACUUUGGGAAACCUUUGCAUGA